AUGCGCCUCCUAUGGCGCGACGAUGACGGUACCCUCCGCCUGGCGGAGUUCCUCGGCAAGGAAGUCCCUCCUUACGCCAUCCUGUCUCAUACCUGGGGCAACGAUGAUGAAGAGUUCUGCAUGGAUCAGGCUACUAGGGACAAAAUCAAAUACUCCUGGAUCGACACCUGCUGCAUUGAUAAGACUAGCAGUGCCGAGCUCACGGAAGCUAUCAAUUCGAUGUUUCGCUGGUACCGGAAUGCGGCUUUGUGCUACGUGUAUCUCUCGGAUGUUUCAAUCUCUACGAAUGAUGAGUCUUUUCGUGGUGACUUACUUUCCCCGACGCUUUGGACUCUGACUUGCCAGCACAGCAAAUGGUUUACCCGCGGUUGGACGUUGCAAGAGUUGAUUGCCCCAGCUUCUCUGCGUUUUUACAGCACUGAAGGCAAGCAGCUUGGUGAGAAGCAUGCAUUGGCACAGGAGCUUAACAAGAUCACUGGUAUCAGCGUUGAUGUCUUGCAAGGUGGUCCAAUGUCGCACCUCACUUUUGAUGAACGCAUGUCGUGGGCAGCUGAACGCAAGACUAAACGCGAAGAAGACUUGGCGUACUCGCUGCUAGGGAUCUUCGACACUCAUAUGCCUCUCAUAUAUGGCGAAGGACAAGAGAACGCAUUCAGUCGGCUUCGAAGAGCAAUUCGCGAGUCCAUCGACGAUGAUCCGCCAGUAUCGAUUCCUGUCGUUCCAUCUAAACAGCGAAAACGCAUUGUCGAUGUUAAGAUUUUACGCCCGAAAAUAUCAUCAUCACAUAGGGCACGCUCGAUCGCAGUCUCCAGAAUAGAGCAUAUCUACGCCGAGCUCCUCAGUGGCGUAUAUGAUGCAUUACCUCAGAUCAUGUUCAUCUUGAUGCUUGUACUCCAGGUUCCAAGGGCACUAUCGCAAAUGCUCCCAGACAACAUAGUCCUGCGCGACUUCUUGGGAAGAAAGCAUAGUUUGCAGACGGAGUACUUCCAGAAUUGGCCCGUCUUGAUCGAAAUGCUAGCGUCCAGGUUCAAAGAUUGCCCAGGCCACGUACACAUAUCACGAGGCUCUUUCACCAUCAUGGAUGUCGACAAUUUUGGACGGCGAAUUGGCGCAUCCAAUUGGCAGGCAGUUGUUUCAAAGCGCAAAAGGUUCAUCAUGCUCGUCAAUAUCAGCGAAACGAAGCUUGUGAACAAUGCCUGUACGAGAUGCGGCGAGCGCAUCCGGAAACAGGGUGCAUUUACGGGAAUCUGCCGAUCCUGCAACCUUUUUUAUAGAAGCUUGACUGGACCAUCCAGUCGUCUUACAUCGCAGCAUCUUCAGACACUCAAGUCUGCUCAUUAUGUCUCUGGGAAUCUUCCAGUCCCUAAAGAUCCAGAAAAGCUGAUGCAUAACGGAAAAUGUGUCUCGCUGGUGCAAGAGCACGCCAGGUUGACGGGUGAAUUUCUGGACCUUGCCAUUGAUGCGGGGAUUAUCAAAGGACUUCCUAAAACAACGAUGCCAGUUGAAUUUUCGCGGGACAUGCCACAUGCACCAGAGAGCUCCCAGAUAAGAGACGAAGCAGACCAGGUGGAAGGAGAUAUCGAAAUGAAAGCAGGAGCUAACGACAUUGAUGAAGUAAGCGAAGACGAGGAAUCGCCAGACGAUCACUCUGGCUUGAUCGAUCGUUCGAGUUUAGACAGGGAGCAAGAGCAGCGAGAACUUCAGCACUUUUCUUCCAUCUGCGUGGAACAAGAUUCUAGUCUUCACGAUGCGGCGUAUAGUUCUAACAUCACAGAGAUGCUUCGUCUGCUGUGUACCGGUCAUCAAGUUGACGAGAACUGGGGUUUGUGGGGAACUCCCAUGAUUGCGGCCGUACUGUCUGGCUCAACCGAGGCGAUCCAAACAUUGCUGAACGCUGGAGCCGAUCCACUUCUUUCGGCAGGCCCCUUAGGAUACCCCCUCAACGCGGCUGCUUAUGUUGAUCACGCCUCAUGUUUCCAGGUCAUUCUCGAUGCGACCAUACAGAGACGCUCUGCCUCCAGGAAAAGGGCCCAAAGCUUCCAGGAUGCCGUUGACCAAUCACUAUUCACAUUCAUGGAUGGCGAGCACCAUGGCCCAGAAAUUCUGCUUCUCUAUGCCGGUGCGAAUCCUUUCAAACAGUUUUCGGGCGGCAGAUCUGCGUUUGCCGUUGCACUAGGCAAGAAAAAUGAUUUGCUCACGACCUGUUUCCUCGCAGAGGCUUGGGGCAGACAGUUGCUUUCGCCUCAUGAAGUCCUUUGUCUGUGGGCUACUGUAGCAGGCAAUGAUGUAGACGCCAAGUUGGUGCGUGACCCAUGGCUUGCGUCAUGUUGUAGGAACAUCAUGAUUAACAGAAGCCAAAUGCUGGAGAAUCGUAUUUCAGCCCGCUUAAGCUCCCACACGAAACCUUUCUUCCAAGUCCACCAGGACUGGCGCGCGUUGAAAAGUCGUGGAAGAAGCGUCGGGGCCGAAUAUCUUGACGGAUUUGCCAAAGUUUCACGUAGUGCGCAUGCACAGUCCUAUUUCGUGCCGCCAGUUUUCCGCAUCGUUGUGAACUAG